AAAGAAAAUCCAACAGGGAAAACCUGCGGGUUCUGCGCGCGACCUGACGCCCGAGUCCGGAAAGUUGUGAAGUUUACUUAAGAUCUGUUAUAUAGCGCAGCCCAUCAGAUCAGAUGUCUGGAGAUCAGAAGGAGGCCAUGAAUAUAUAUUGUGUAACACUCAAUGGACCUGCUCCCUGGGGUUUUCGUCUUCAGGGAGGCAAAGACUUCAACAUGCCCCUGACUGUGUCCAGGUUGAUCCCAGGCGGCAAGGCAGCCCAGUCCGGAGUGGGUGUUGGAGAUUGGGUAGUGUCCAUCUGUGAGGCCAACGCCGAGGAAAUGACCCACGUGGAGGCACAGAACAAGAUCAGAGCCGCGACAGACACCCUCACCCUCACUUUGAGCAGAGCUUUUGAUCCAGCUGGAGGAGAGCAGAAGAAAACGCUCACGCCCGUAUCCAGUCACCCCAAGUACUCGUUCGCACCUAGCACGGCCAUAAACAAGAUGGCACGGCCGUUCUCCGCAGCGUCUGGCAACGGCAGCACGGGGCCCAUCAUCAAGCCAGUGUCGUAUGCCCCCAAGCUUAACUCCAUCUCGCAGGUGCCGAGCAGCACGCCGCAGCCUCACAAUGGUCACGGAGUAACCUCCUGUCCCGCCAAGACCAAACCAGCAGACAAACCUGAUGGAGUUCAAGCGCCAGCCAAAGCGCAAACAAGUUCCGGUCCGGCCUGCCGGCCCCCGUGGGUGACGGACCCCGGAUUCGCCGACCGCUACCACCCGGAUAAGACCAGCACGGUCGUGACGCAACACAAGCAGCCCGUCCAACCCACACCCAUGCAGAACCGCAGCUCCAUCCUGCAGGCGGCCCAGCAGAACCCCGGCGACACCAGCGGGCGCACGCCGCUCUGCGCCGCAUGCAACAAGAUCAUCAGGGGACGCUAUGUGGUGGCACUCGGUCGUUCCUGGCACCCAGAGGAGUUUACUUGCUGUCAGUGUAAAAGGGUCUUGGACGAGGGGGGCUUCUUUGAGGAGAAAGGCUCCAUUUAUUGUACCAAGUGCUACGACAACCGUUAUUCACCCAACUGUGCCAAAUGCAAGAAGAAGAUAACCGGGGAGAUCAUGCAUGCCCUGAAGAUGACCUACCACGUCCAGUGCUUCCUGUGCGCUGCCUGCAAAAUGCCCAUCAGGAACCAGGCCUUCUACAUGGAGGAGGGAGAGCCCUACUGCGAGAAAGACUAUGAAAAGAUGUUUGGUACCAAAUGCCACGGCUGUGACUUCAAGAUUGAUGCGGGCGACCGCUUCCUCGAGGCGCUGGGAUACAGCUGGCAUGACACUUGCUUUGUCUGCGCUAUCUGCCACAUAAAUCUGGAAGGGAAGACUUUCUUUUCAAAGAAGGACAAGCCGCUGUGUAAAAGCCACGCCUUCACGCCGGUGUGAGGCUCCGCCUUUGUUCUUCGGAGGAGUGGCAGGAGCAUCAGCUGGAGGGUCUAUAGCUACUGUAUGCUAAACAAGACCAAAUACUUUACUUGAAGCCUGUAACAUAUGGCCGACUGACAAAGUGAUGGAUAACGCUGCUACUCUGGCUUUCACUGGCUGUUAGCAGCUUCCAUCAGCAUUUACAAAGUGCGAGACAUUCAGCUCAGCGCAGACCUGAACGAUGGCCUCGGUUUCACUGUUACGUUGCCAGUCGUUCAACUGGAAUGAGUAGCUCAUGUCGCCACCACCAAUGGUAGAAAGACGCCAGUGCGAGUAACAAGGCAUUUCGAUGAAGUAUUUUAGCUGUCCCUCCAUCCUUGCUCCUCUCCACCUCUUCUAGUAUUUUUGCAGUAUUUAUGUUGCUCCGUAAACACCUGAAAUUUAUUGCACAUUCCUCGUAGUUCCACACUUAUUAGAUGGCUCGAUUUUCUUCAUGUUCACUUAUUAGAGAUAAUUGGUUUCGGCAUGUGGGUGUGUGAAUCUCACAGAAUGUGGCCAGGUUUAACCCUCCAUGAAGAUAAAGAGAGAAGACAUUUUAAAGAGAUAGCUCACCAAAAAAUAAAGAGUCUGUCAUUUAUUCACCCUAAUGUUAUUCCAAUAUGCCUCUUUCUUCAGUGCAACACAAAAGACGAUAUUUUGAAAAAUGUUGUUUCAGUGUUUAUGCGUCCAUACUAUAGAAGUCAAUGGUAAAACAAUGUUAUUUGAUUAACGCCAAUAUCUUUUGUGUUCUGCAGAAAAAAGAAAGUCGUACAGGUUUGAAUGACAUGAGCGUGAACAAACGAUGAUAGAAUAUUCAAUUUUGGGUGAAUUAUUUAAUUCUUUAAAAUUUCUUUAUAGCUCAUCAAAAAAUCUAAAUUCUGUCAUCAUCUAUUCACCCUCACGUAGUUCAAAACCAGUAUGUGACUCAAAAGAAAAUAUUUUAAGAAAUGUUUGAGUGGUUUUGUGUUUACAGUGUAAGUCAAUGGGGUUCAGUGUUUGUAUUGACAUGAGGGUGAGAAAAUGAAGAAAGUUACAUUUUUGGACGAACUAUCCCUUUAAGUAAGAUUUUUGGCAUUUUUUUCAUGAAUGUGAAGCCCCAAUUCUCAUUAAUGUAAAACAUCUCAUUGCUGUUACUGUAAUACAGAAAAGGAGACUAUAUAGAGAGAGAGAGAGAGAGAGAUCAAUUCUGAUUUAAAUAAGAAAUGGCAUUGUUAGAGCACUUAAUGUAUUGCAGUAUUGUAAUAGACCAAUAUAAACUGUCAAAUCUGACAAAACUGAUACAUUUUGGGGAAAAUGCAUUAAAAUCUCAUUUAAAUAAUAUAUGCAAAUGUACAUUUAAAAAAAUCGAAUCGUCUCUUAAUGUCAUUGCCCAACAUAUGUCUUAUUUUUUGUCAUUUUGAUUUUGGCGUAUAAUGUGCCUAUUUUGUUGCCAACCAAAGUUCUGUCUUGUCACAAAUAAGGCCGAAGCGUUUCCAUGAUAUGACUGAAGCAAUCUGGUCUUACUCAGAUCCAUACAAUCUGUAUUGUAGGGUAAAGCAUGGAGCAUGUGAUCUACUCAGGCCUGAUCUUAAAGUGGCCCCUCAAUCCUCAAGAUGAUCCGUAGCCUACUUUCUGCUCUGUCUGAUUUGCUGUGCAGGGGUACUUAAGGUAAUGGCCAACCACAGUGGAAUAAAACACUCCUGGCAGCUAGACUGAAAUACAUUAGCACUGAUUGCGUGCGUUUCAUCCUGACCUAACCAAUGGUCUUUACGCAGCUUCAAUACUAAACAUGCUACAUCUCAUCCCAUAGGGGUUCCAAUUAUGAAAAGGCAUAUGAUCCUAUAAUAAAACCGGAAAUGUUAUAUGGUCACCAUCAUAGACGUUGAGCAAGGCAUGUGGUGCCAAAGAAAGUCUCACAAAUGUUCAUUCUGCUCUGCAAACUGUUUUGUUUCUUAAUUUGUACAUAAGUGCCACCGUGUUUACAUGGAGAGUACCACAACAUAAAUCCCAUCAUGCCUUGAUCGCAAUCUCCUGUGCCGGAAGAAACACUCCUCCAAUAACCUUGUUUUUGUGAGCCACUCAGAUUUUGUACUUUUUGAAUUGAUAGUGUUUUAUGUACCAAGUGCCUUUUUUAUAGCUUUUGCAACUAUUAUGUGCGCCAUUGAAAAGGGUAAACUGCUGUAUUGUUGUGCACGUUAUAGAGGUUUCUAUGUGAAGAUGCGAAUCAUUUAUAAAGGAAUUUAGACAUUAGUCAAUAAAUCACCCGCAUUGAC